GGACAGAGGGGGAUUUCAAUUGAAGUCUCACAGGGAGUUCAUCACAUUCAGUUUCUCUCUCAGGAGCAGUUACAGCAGAACCAGAAGAACUUAGCAAAGAACUAAGUGUGAUAUUUGUAGUUCAGCAACAUCUGUUGCUUGAGAUGAUUGAAUGUCAGUAGACCAAACACUCACAGGUUAAUUUCCACUGGUGCUGUCUCUUCUACAGGAAUUUCUUUGAUAAAAAAAGAGAGAUUUGGAACUGAUUUCAAAGAGAAGUACCAAGAGCCCAUGAUGGGCCUCAAGAAGCAAUAAGAACGUGCUGGAGUAUUGAGUCUUCUUAAGCGAAAAAUAAUCAAAGGCAAAAUAAUUGUUAGUGUCAUGGUUAAUGAAAAUCUCCCCAGAAAACAUCACUCGGUGAGAAAAAAAUACCCAGAAUGUGGGAAUAGCUUUUCAGUAAAGAAAGGCCUGAAUACUCCCUGGAAAUCUCCCGUUGGGGAGAAACUAUUCACCUGCACAGAAUGUGGUAAAUGUUUUACUCUAAAGGAAAUGAGUUUUCACACAGGGGAGAAACCUUUCACUUGUACAGAAUGUGGCAACCGUUUCCCUUCAAAGCUCAACCUUCGCUUACGCCAAAAAGUCUACGCAGAAGAGAAACCUUAUGCCUGCACAGAAUGUGGGGAAUGUUUUACACUAAAUUCACAACUUAAGAAUCACCAAAAAAUUCACUCUGGAGAGAAACCGUAUGCCUGUACGGAAUGCAAGAAAACAUUCACUUUGAAGGCUCAUCUUCUCCGGCACCAGAAUGUUCAUACACAAGUGAAACCUUUCACGUGUAACGAAUGUGGGAAAAACUUUUCGUACAGUAGCCACCUUCACCGCCAUAAGAAAACCCACACAGGGGAGACACCAUUUUCUUGUGACGAAUGUGGGAAAUGUUUCAAGGUUAAGGGUAAUCUUCAAAAACACCAGAGAGUUCACACAGGAGAGAAACCAUUCACAUGCACAGAAUGUGGGAAAAGCUUCUCUGUUAAGAACAGCCUCCUCAGCCAUCAGAGACUCCACACAGGGGAGAAACCUUUCUCUUGUACUGAAUGUGGCAAACACUUCACUCAUAAGAACACCCUUGUGCUACACCAGCGGCUUCACACAGGAGAAAAACCGUAUACUUGCACAGAAUGUGGGAAAAGCUUCAUUAAGAUGAGUUUAUUAAAAUAUCACCUGAAUGUCCAUACGGGUGUGAAAGAUUUCCCAUGUUCAGAAUGCGGCAAAUGCUUUUCCACUAAGAGAAACCUUCGCUCUCAUGAAAUGGUUCACACAGGGGCGAAACCUUACACCUGCACCGAAUGCGGGAAAAAAUUCACUAGAAAGUACCAGCUUCUCACUCACCAACGCAUUCACACGGGCGAGAAAGUGUUUCAAAGCACAGAAUCUUUCCCAUGUGCAGAAUGUGGUAAAUGUUUCUUUCAGAAAAAGCUCCUCCACAGACACGCACACAUUCACACAAAAGUAAAACCUUUCACAUGUCCACACUGCCAGAAGAGUUUCUAUACAAAAAGCCACCUUCAGAGACACCAGAGAAUACACACCAAGGAGAAACCCUACGCAUGUAUGGAGUGUGGGAGACAAUUCUCUAAUAAAGAACACCUAAACCGGCACAUGAAUGUUCAUACAGGGGAGAAACCGUUCUCGUGUACGGAGUGUCAUAAACGUUUCUCUGCAAAGAAUGAACUUAAUUUACACCAGAGAUUCCACACCGGGGAGAAACCAUUCACGUGUAAGGAAUGUAGCAAAAGCUUCUCUUCAAAUAGCCAUCUUAGCCGGCACCAGAAAAUUCACUCGGGGGUAAAAUCUUUCACUUGUACAGAAUGUGAUAAAAAAUUUCUGACCAGGAGUUCCCUCCUCUUGCACCAAAAAGUCCACACAGGAGAGAAACCGUUCAUAUGCACCGAGUGUGGGAAAGGUUUCUCUGCAAAGAGCCAACUUCACAGACAUCAUGUGAUACACACAGGGGAGAGGCCCUUCACGUGUGCCGAAUGUGGGAAAACAUUCUCUUAUAAGCAGAGUCUUGUCACACAUCGGGCUGCUCACACCAGAGAGAAACCUUUUAUUUGUACGGAGUGUGGGAAAAGCUUCUCUCACAAAAAUAACCUUCAAACCCACCUGAAAAGCCACUCAAGGAAGAAAUCUCUCAGAAGCACAAAGUGAGGGAUCAAAGUCAUCCCUAAUUAUUCUUCUCUUACAUCAGAGUAUUCAGACAGAGGAGAGGCCUUCCUCCUAUUCGGUAUGUGGAAGCUUCAGCAACUUGAUCCCUGCCAGAACAUUCAUACAAGGGAGAAGAUACUGCAGCUUCUUUCUCUCAACAUUACUAAGCAGUAGUUCCAACUGAAGUCCCCAAGGCAGCUGUGCUCCAACCAGCAACCAGUUGUCCUUUGGUUAUAGAUAAAGUGACACCAGUCCUAGGCACAAGCCCUAAAUUCAUUCUAAAUGAUUUGUUACACUAAAUAUAAUGCACAGAUUCAGUAGGUCUACUGUAACUUCUUCACAGCACUUUUCCUUGUGUUUUUAUUAAGCAGCAAAAUAAAGGCAACCGUGUGAUCAUA